AUGGACAGGGACAUCGCUGAGGACACAGAUGAAGAUGCCUGCAUCUCUUCAGAGAUGUUCCAGGCCAGAGGAAGUGCACCUCUGAAAGGACUGCAGCCCAUGAUUGACAUGGUAAGAACACCACUGAAGGGCUACAGCGCAUUGAUGAUCACCAGCAGAACAGGGACAUUCCCAAAUGGACUGUGGCUCACGGAGAAUACAUGCCGGGGCAGGAGCUCCCCCAAAGGGACUGUGACCUAUGCAGAAACUGGAGCAGAGGAAAACAAGGAGCUGAGGGAGGCCUCCCGCUGCCCGGUGGUGGACGCGGACGGGAGGAGCGUCCCCUUCGAGGCCCUGUACGGCCAGCAAAAAGCCAUCGUGGUGUUCGUGCGGAACUUUUUAUGUUACACCUGUAAGGAGUAUGUAGAAGACCUGGCAAAAGUCCCCAAGGCGUUUUUGCAAGAAGCAAAUGUGAGGCUUAUAGUUAUUGGACAGUCAUCUUAUCAUCACAUCAAGCCCUUUUGCAGUUUAACUGGGUAUACCCACGAAAUGUAUGUAGAUCCACAAAGGGAAAUUUAUAAAAUACUUGGCAUGAAAAGAGGCGAAGGUAAUAACGUAUCAGUGCAAAGCCCUCACGUGAAAUCAAAUGCACUCCUGGGAAGCAUUAGGAGCGUGUGGAGAGCAAUGACUGGCCCAGCUUUUGACUUUCAAGGAGACCCUGCUCAGCAGGGAGGAGCUUUGAUUUUGGGCCCAGGUAAUGAAGUUCAUUUUUUGCACCUUGAUAAAAACAGGCUGGAUCACGUUCCCAUUAACACAGUUUUGCAGCUGGCAGGAGUUAAAACAGUAAACUUCACCCACAAACCCCAGAUUAUUGACAUAUGACACUCACACAGUAUAUAAUUUUUUAAAUUUGUACUCUACAAGGACAAUUCUCCAGCGAAUUCCCACCAGCAUCAGUACUGUCAUGUCUUAAUGGGACAUGUGAAACCCCAUCUAGAAAAUGAGAGCACAGAAUAAUCUACUUGGCACAGAAGAUGGGCACGAAAAUGCCAUUUCCAUUGUGUGUAAGAUAACAAUAACUAAAACACAGUUGAGGCUUAUUGCAAAAAAUCCCGUAGCUCAUUAUUUCCUCAUCAAACAACCUUGCUGAUAUAUUCUAAAAGCCGGUGUUCAAGACAUACUGAACUGAAAAAUCUGGUUCUGCUCAGGAGGAACUUGAGAUUCGUGCCUUCAGUAGAUGACACCAGCUUUCAAUCCAAUAUUUCCCAGCAAUGUUUUAAAGCUUCCAGCACUGUGUGGCGAUCUUGUAUUAAAAUAUACCUUGAAAAAUGACGGCUUCGAACACUGGGACCGAAGCUUAUGUCUACUUUUGCAUCUGGAGCUGGCAGACAUUAUGAAAUGCGUUUUAGAGUUUUAAAUAAACAUUUCAAAUGCGUCA